AUGUGUUUAAAUACACGUCGUGCCGAUACUAAAUUUUGGUUGCACAUACAGGAGCGUCCAUUGCAUUAUCGAAUCCUUCAAUAUUUAAGUUUUUGUAGAUUUAGAGGAAUUGUAGAAGUAGGAAACAUUCCAUACGAUGUUGGACUUAUAAGUGCAUUGAUUGAGAGGUGGCACCCCGAAACUCACACAUUUCACUUGCGAAUUGGUGAGACCACUAUUACAUUACAGGAUAUUGAAAUUAUGUUUGGAAUGGUUGUAGAUGGGAAUCCUAUACUUCUAGAAGGCUCUACCGAUUUAGGAAUUGUAGCUAAACGACAAAUGAUGCGUGACUUAACAGGAUGGGAACCUCCACUAGAUUGCUUUUGUGGAAUUAGAAGAAUACUUGUAUCUAAAUUAGAUGCAUAUGUAAAAGAGUUAGAUGAUAUCACUGAUGAUACUCCCGAAAUUGAGGUGCAACAGAGAGUUAGGUUGUACCUAUUAUGGUUGUGUGGAGGUACAUUAUUUCCUGACAAGUCUAAUUCUAAAAUAUCUUUGGACUAUUUAAUCGACUUGCAAGACUUAAAUGGAAUGUCGCCAAAGGCUUGGGGCGCAGCCGUAUUGUCAUUUUUAUACUAUUCUUUAUGUAGUGCAUCCAUGUCUUCUUCUAGUGAUGUAUGGGCAUGGGAGCGUAUUAUUCCACUUCAGCCAGCACCACACCCUCUGUGGGCAAACCAUCAUGAGGCCUCGGCUCUACUUGCAUGA